AUGAUUAUUAUUCCUUCAGUUAUUAUUGGGGCUAUUUUAAUUGGAAGUAUUCUUCAAUUAUUUGGUCCAAAAGGAUAUACAAUUAAAACAGAAUGUGCAUAUAAAUGUAAUGAUAAUUCAAUGAAUGAAUAUGAUAUUAAUAAAUGUCAAGGAAUUGAUCCAAAUUUAGGAGAGACAUUUUAUUUUAACUUUGAACGACUUGAUUCUAUGAAUAGAUAUACUAAAUUAUAUUUUACUCCAUAUCUUCAUAAAAACUAUAUUGAUAAUAAUCAUCCAUCAUUUUUAUAUCUUGAGAUUAAUACAAAUAUUAUAUUAAGUUAUAAUGAAAAAGGAAUAUGGAACUUUUGGGAAGGAGGAGAUUUUAAUACAAGUAUUAAAUGUUAUAAUGGAGGAAAUGGAGAAUGUGGAAUAGUUCAAUGGAUUAAUGAACCAUAUAUUAUGAAAAAUGAACAAAAAAUUGAAGUAACUAUUAAUGGUCCAAAAAAUACAUUUUCUAAUAUUUGUUUAACCCAAGUAUAUGGAAAUAAAUCAUAUUCAAUUAUGAGAAUUGUUUAUAAUAUCAUUUUAACAACAAUAUGUUCAGGAUAUAUUAUUUAUUAUUUUAUUUAUUUAAUUAUUAAAAGAAUUUAUCCAAGAGAUUUAGAUAAACAACAAUAUUUAAACAUAGGAUUAAUGAUUUUUGGACUUGUUUAUAAUGAUCCUCUUGACUUAUUAUCACUUGCUAUUUCAUCAGCAUUUUUCCCAAUAUUUCAUGGAAUAAUGAAUAUUUUAUUUCUUGGGUAUUUAGUCUUUUUCGUAAUAGCUUUCUUCCAAUCAUUAAGAAUUGAAGAAGGAAUUUUAUUAAAUAAAAAAGUUGAAUGGAUUGUUAUUGUUCUUACUACUUUAAUUAUGAUGUUUUCUUUCUCAUUUUCAGCAUCAAUUUAUUUAAAGGGAAUGACAGAUAAUCCAUUUGCUGUAAUGAAACCAACAACAACAAUUGCAUUACUUUUUUAUAUUAUUUCAGUGAUUAGUGCAACUGUGAUUUUUGUGUGGGUUGUUUUUAUCUUCUUUAUGUCCUAUAAAACAAUUAAAAGACAAGAAAAUAUAAGAAAGAGUCUUUAUUUCUGUUUAGGAUCAAUUCUUGUUAUUGGUCUUGAAUUUUUUAUGUUAUUAAUGAGUGACUAUUCUUCCUUUUUCAAUACAACAUUUACAUCUGAAAUUAUUAUUUUUGGUAUUAAUGGAUAUUUCUUUGCUAUGUUUUAUGGAUUUGUUCCUACUUUUGCAAACACUUUCAAUGAGGUUAUCAUCGGUCCUGAUAACCAAGAUGACACUACAAAACCAAUCCUUCUUGGUAUGAAAUAA